UCAUCGAAAUGUCAACUAUGAAUCUGAUUUUCUAACCUUAAUUGAUAAUUUAGAUUAUUUUACAUUUUUAAGAAAUUAACGAUUUAAGUUUUAUUUAAGUCUCAAUUAUCACGCACCAUACUAUUUCGGAUCAGCAAAUAAAUAAUACAGAAUAUCAAAAUGUCUGAAGCUAAUGUUGGAUCAGCUCCAGCGUCCGGUGGCGCAUCUGCAACUAGUGUUGCUGAAGAACAGCGUUCAGGAAGCGCUGCCGCAGGCUCUGGCUCUGUGGCAUCAGAAGAAAAAGUGUAUGGUGGUUGUGAGGGUCCAGAUGCAAUGUAUGUAAAGUUGGUAUCAUCUGAUGGUCAUGAGUUUAUUGUAAAACGGGAACAUGCUCUUACAUCUGGAACAAUUAAGGCCAUGCUAAGUGGACCUGGACAGUUUGCGGAGAAUGAGGCAAAUGAAGUAAACUUUAGAGAAAUACCAUCACAUGUGUUGCAAAAAGUGUGUAUGUAUUUUACAUACAAAGUACGCUACACAAACUCUUCAACAGAGAUACCAGAGUUCCCUAUUGCACCAGAGAUUGCCCUAGAACUCCUUAUGGCUGCGAACUUCCUUGAUUGCUAAUUUGAAUUGGCAUGCACUAAAUUGCUUGCGCUUAGAGUUAAGCUAAAACAGAGCAACUAAUCCACACAGAAUGUGUCAACCAUGCCAGUUUACAUUAUAAUUGUCCUUGAUUGAUAUGAGAUUAAUAACAUACUGUUUGGCAGACUAUAUUGGCAUUUGACACAUAUAUUAGACUCAAUUCCAUAUUCUAACCAAUUAAAUAUGGCAAAAAUAGAAUAAUUUUAUUUUUCUGUUUAAGUUAUAGACGUUGAAGUUUGACAUAUUUGAUGGACAAGAUUGUGACACAAUAUGAAUUGGAAUUGAUUUAUGAAUACUGGUGGUACCCUCUAUUAUCAUCUUGCAUUGAUUUAGGCCACAUGAUGAGACUCUAAGUGUUAAGCAAGUCGGUGCAGAUACUGUAUUUGGGUGCUUGUAGACUUGUUCAUCUGAUAUGUAAAAGGCUGUAUACUACAGCCAAAAUCAUCUAAAAUGGCAUGAUGGCGCAUUUUAUUUUCAUUUGUUAAACUGUUAUUUACGAAGUUUCUAUGAUACAUGGGUUAAUGUGUGACAGGAAUCAACAAUGUAUACUAACAUUACAAACAUGUCUUUGUAAUUAUUUUGAAAGUCAUAAAGCACCCUCGAGUUUUUAAAUUAUUUUUUUACGAUUUAGCCACUGAAUUUAAAACUCUUAUGAAUAUUUUUAGUGUAAUUUUUUUCAAGUAAGAACAGUUAAGGCUAUCCAAAAGUCUGGAAUAGCCUGUAUCUUGUUGGAUUUGUACAUGUUUUCUAAAAAAUGGCUUAAAUUUUUAAGCCUUUGCCGCUUUAACUCAACAUGUGUCAAAUCUAUGAAGAUUGACAUUGACAGUGUUUUUGAUUUGUAUAAAAUAUUAAAAUUGUUUAAUCACGCUUCUAAUACCAAAAUAAAGUGUUUACUGUAAUGAUAAGAUUACAAAUACGUUUUCCAAAACGAUAUGUCAAAACUGAAGCGUCAUUUCAGACAAUUGACGUUUUGGAAUUCCGUUACUUUUUGUCUAAAAUUUUAUUUGUCGUAUUAACUUAGCUAAUAUGAAGUGUGGCCGUUGGGUAACUUAAAUUAAUUUUAGUAUGAAUAAUGACGGAAGGGUAGACAACUCGUCACGUAAUCAAACAAUUCUUGGCAAAAAUACUUUGCCAGAUUUGGCGUGGUUUUGGUAAGAAAAAUCUUAAAUGACAACUAUUUUCUAUGGCGCUGACUUUCUCGGGAAUUAUCUAAAGGGCUAGGCUAGGUUAAAUUAGCAUUAAUCAAUAGCAUUAUAAUACAUUUGUGAUUCUCGAAAAUCAGCGAUUUGCGAACUUUUCUAGUACAAAUUUCAGCGAAAGGCCCUUCCGAUAUUUUUCCGUGUAAUGUAUGAAUAAUUCACAGCACUCAUUAUUUAUGUUGGAUACUUGCAAAUCUAUAUUUUACCUUAAUUGCAUUUCCCUAUUAAAUAGUAUGUGGAAAUUGUAUAUUUGAAUAAGUUAUGGUAAGAUUUUCCCUGGAUUAAAUUGUUUUUAUCAUUUGUAUGUUUUGCAAAUAAAUAUUCUUUAAAA